UGGCAGCAGCGGCAGUACCACAGAGUCAGGCGCACAGAGCCGCAGCGAACACCUCAGGAACCGCAGAUACAGCAGUGAUACUCGCUGAGAUUGCCAAGUUAAGCGUCAGAAUGAUGGACUUGGAACGGGCAAGGCCAAGAGGUCGCAGUUACGGAAGGAGAGGACGCGGAGGUCGUUCAGCGUCCAGACCAAGGAGUACGUCACGCCACCGGAACCAAGCCGAGAGGAGACCAGAUUGGCUUUGUUACUACCAUUUCCGAUUCGGUCCUGCCGCCACCAAAUGUCGCCAACCCCGCGCAUGGGUACUCAACCAACAGGAAAACUAGCGGAGAUAGUACAGAGUGCGACUAGGACGGAGAUCUGUACUAUCAAACCAAGCCGUCGUUUAUGCGUAACAGACUUAAACACUGGACUGCAUUUUUUAGUGGACACAGGUGCUGACAUUUCCUUAUUACCAGUGCAGAACAAACAACGUGCGGGUGAGUGCUCUGAUCUAAAACUGUUUGCAGCAAAUGGCUCAGAAAUCAAAACAUACGGUGUUAAAGUUUUAACGUUAGAUUUAAGGUUACGUAGACCGUACAAAUGGGAAUUUGUUAUAGCCGACGUUAAACAGCCAAUACUGGGAGCCGAUUUUUUGAGUCAUCACAAGUUAGUAGUAAAUUUAACUGAUCGCAAAUUGCAUGAUCUGGUGACUUUUCUUAAUAUAACCGCACCGACCGUACGUAGCAACCAACCAACUAUUAAUACUGUCAAUGGUAACCACCCGUAUCAUGAUUUGUUAUUGCAGUUUCCUAGCAUAACAAAGCCACCGACAUACAAGGAAACACCCACACACAAUGUGGUACACCAUAUCGAAACGACGGGUGCACCAACAUUCGCGCGGGCUAGACCAUUACCACCUGACAGGUAUAAAAAAGUUAAGGAGGAAUUUCGUCGUAUGCAGGAGUUAGGCAUUUGUAGGCCUAGCAAAAGUCAAUGGGCCAGUCCUUUAACGGUUGUAACAAAAAAAGAACGGCGAAAUUCGCCCUUGCGGUGA